UACUUUAGCCUAACUUUUUCAAAAGUUAUAUUCUAAUUUUACAUAUUUUGUAUAAUUAUUUAUAAUUAAUAAAUAUGUCUCUGUGGAGACCACCGUUUUCAUUGUUACAUCGAUGUAUUAGCAAAAAUUUCUACAAUUUAACAAUAUCUGAAACCCGUAACAUAAAAAGAUGGGUUAGCCCUACUUUAAGAGUAUUAAAAAAGAGAAGAGAUUUGAUAGGUCCAGAACCAGAAAAACCUAGAUCUACGUAUUUAGAAUGGAAUUACGAUGCAGAAAUUUAUGCAUUCGGCAAACGAUUAGGAGAAGAAUUUGACAAGAGUUUAUUGAGAAGAGCGCUGACACAAAGAGAAUAUGCCAAUAUGCAAGAAUUCACAGCAAAAGAGAAAGGUCUUCCGAUUCCGGAAAAAAUAGACAAUUAUGAAUUAAUUCAAGAGGGUAAUGAGAUAAUAUCAAGAGUGAUUAAGGAAGAAUAUAGAAAAUUAUAUCCAGAAGAUAUUGUGAAUGCCGUUCAUAAUUACUUGACAUCUGAGGAUAUGAUGUCAUAUGUUGGAAGUCACAUAGGACUUAAGGACCUCAUUUUAACUAAUGAAUUUCCCGUUGCAAAGGAAACGUUAUCAAAUACAUUCAAGGCAGUGGUAGCAGCUUUGAAACAUUCCCAAGAUUUGAACAGAGCAGAAACGUUUGUUAAAGAUAUUGUGUUGAGUCAGAUGAACGGUAAAGAUGUCUACGAAAUCUGGGAUCCACAAAAUCCCUACGAAUAUCUCACAAAUUUACUCGGUGAAAGAGGAAUUACUGCGAUAGAACCGAGAUUGUGCAACCAAUCGGCUGUUAAUACUAUUUUGGCGAAUUUCCAAGUAGGCCUGUACAGCAACAAAGAGCUACUUGGAAUCGGUUGGGGCGAAAAUGUGCAAAUCGCAAGAGAAACCGCAGCACUAGAUGCUAUACAAAGAAUUUUUAGCAAUUAUGUACCCAAGUAAUACAAAUAAAUAAAACGGUAAUGUAA